GAGCCUCGGACUGAAAUAGAAUAUCAGCCAAUAGGGGAAGUCGAACGGAAAGAGAUUAACGAGUCAUCUACAUCAGAAGUAUCCAACAACCCACUUCCAGCUGAGCCCGAGCAUGCUCAAGUUGUCAGUACAGAGCAUGAGACAAAUGUAGAUCCAUCUAAGACUUCCAUGCCUGCAUCAACCUCUAUUCAGCUUCCUGAGGUACCACCAGUGAGUGGUAGGCCCCCGGGUAGCGAAAAGGAACCACUUCCCCCUCCUUCCGUUGAGCCAGGUGAGCCGUUUUUCAACGAUUAAAAUCAAGAGAAUAUAAAGAGGGUUGCUUCCAGGCUCCACCCAAGUUUUUGAUAAAAUAUAUGUACACAUGUAGUCUCACGAACAAAAGUCUGUUUUUUAAAGGUUUAUUUCAAUCUGAUACGCGAAGGCAAAAUAGUGGGGUAUUGUGUAGAGAUACGUUUUCCUGAUGAAAACAACUUUUGGAGGGAUUAUUGAACAAGAUUUCGCAAUGAGACACCUUAAAUUAUAGAAGACUGAUGACACUACCUUCCACUUCCGUCUAAAACCAAAAUUAUCUCAAACGGAGACGACGUCUCUCAACCAACACUCUAUUUACCACCGAUCAUUUUCCCUUGAUGAAACGCCUUAAAUGACUCGUAAAUGUAGAUUAUGAAUAAGAGCAGAUCUCAACAUUCCAGGCGUCAAAGCUCGCCAGUUUUCCAACACCCCAUGUCAAAGCACAUGAUGUAAUUUGAGUCUGCAUAUGUCACUGCUCAUAUGAUUCAUUAAAUAAGUUUCACUACUCCUAGUUAAAAAUCACGAUGAAUUUCAUCUAUAACAGGGUGUUUUGAUAUUAUCAACUCAGUUACUAAUACUAAAUUACCCUGUUGUACUCUUCCACCGACGCAGCUCCACAGUUUCUUAAGAAACUUGCCUCCUUUAUUUUUUUAUUUCAUAUAUACUUUUUCUAGCACUUUAAUGUGCGAAACUGCUAACACUCAGCAGCUGAAAGCUAGAUAAAGACGUUUUACCCAUCAAGUAAUCUAACAACCAAUUUUUUGGUCGGCUUCUUACAUUCUCACUUAUAUGAUAUAUCGGUGACACAAAAACAAAAAAAACCUACUGAUUAUUAUUAGCUACUGGUCAUACAUGAAGAAACAGAAGUAACUGUCAUGAAUUGUAGCUGACAAAAAUAAUAUGAACCUAAGACUAAGAGAAAUAUUCCCAUAGAACCACCUGUGGUACAACAACCGCAACUUCCAGUCCCUUUGACGACAGCAUCGACAUCGACCUCUGGUAAGACCCCUAUAGUGCUCCAUUUGUUUGCAAUCGUUGAGAGCAUUUACACUGAUAGAAUGAGUCUACCUCACAACCCAUUACAGACGAGUACAUUGGGUCUUAAUUUGUUAGUGAGCACUACGAUCGUCAAAGCAUAUUGAAUGUUGCCUUAUUUGUGUCGUUAGAUGAUAUGAAAAUUGUAACGUUGCUACAAUGUACUAGACAAGAUAACAAGAGACAUUAAAUUAAUUGUACAUUAUUCAAAUCAUCAUCUUAGACUCUUGCUCUUACCUUUUGCUUACCUCUUCUUCAUUGCAGCUGAGUGCCAUAAAGUGAUGGACUUGGGAAUCCUUAUGGACUCCUCUCAUUACAUCUCUUCGUCGCUUUGGGAAGAAGAGAAGUCAAUUGUUGUGACUCUUAUGGAUAAACUUGACAUAACUCUUCUUGGAACACAUAUGAGUGUAAUGACACUCAGUUCAGAGGUGGAAUUUCCGAUCCCAUUCAAUGGAUACAGGGACAAGGUUGAUCUAAAGAGGAAAAUAGCAGAGUUGCCUUAUAAUUACCACUCUGGAUUGUCUCGGGUAGAUCUUGGAUUGAGUGCAGUCAAGGAGCGAAUGUUUGAUCCUCGGGUUGGAGUUAGGGCCAAAGUGCCAAGGGCUCUUUUGAUGUUUACCAACGGACUAACAGACGGUGCGAAAACACUCAUUAUUACAUUAAUUUAUUUGAAGUUUAAGAAAGAUUGUGUCUUUGCUUGGUUCAAUUCUUUUUUGUUGUCGUGGUCAGACAAAAGUAAAUAACAUGAUGGAUCAGGUUCAAAUACAUGCAUAAAUAACUGGAUGUUCAGUUGAGGGGAUCACUCAUUCAGAGGGAAAUUAUCUUGCCUUCAUAAUUAUUUUAUUUCAACCCUUUGACAUAUAUUCCCUACCUCCCCCAGCAGAUUUGGGAGUGGAAUCACUGAUCAUUCACUAUACUUUUGAACACUCUAAUUGGAAACUGACCCUGGAUACUUUCAAAUCAUUCCUUUAUCCAUUUAUUUAUUUACUAUCUAUUCAGUUAUAGAGUCAUUCACCGUUUUCAAGUUCCUUCAGUUUGCACAGAAUUUUCUUUGAAGAAUUACAUUCGGCGAUGAAGUACUGGCAUAACAUCUACUCAUAUCCACGCUUGUACAGCAUAAUUGGUGUUAAUCAAAGAGGAAAAAAUCAUAUUUUUAUUUUUUCCCACAAAAAUAUGGGGACACUAACGGGGACCUUUCCCUGCACAAAUUUCUGUCCAUUAUAUCCACCAAACCCGAGAAUUAAUCAAAGGGGGUCUUGAGGUUCCUUUAAACUGUUGUAAUUGAAAAGAAUAAAAAUAUGAUACAUGUAACAACUUAAUUACGGCUGAGUUAAAACAGGUACUUUAGGGUAAAAUGGCUAGUAUCGUCAUGAGACACCUUGUGCAACAAAAACGGUCCAAAAGAAUUACAUCACUAACUACAUUUAGAAAUGUAAUAUCGCUAACCUAUGCGUAUACGUAUCUCUCCUUGAAAAAUAUUUUUAGAAAAACGAUCCCUCGACAGACAUGACAUGUUAAAGAAAUCUUUAAGAAACCCAUCCUUAAAUCAUAUCGAAAAGAGUAAUACCCGUAAGACAUAUUAAUAAAGCCUUCGCCACAAAGCUUAAUGCUUUGCCUAAAAAUUUUUCUUUGAGUUUGAAACCAAAGUUAGUAUUCUUUAUAAUCCCAGUAACAUAACUUUGUCGGGGACAAAACUCUAACAUAACUCCAUGGGAACUUGUAACUUACUAUUGGAAAAACUCUGACCUCAUUUCAGGAUCACAAAGUGCAAAGAUUCUUCAAGCUGUCGAUGAUCUCAAAGUUGCUCAAAUAAAAGUCAUAUACGUUAAAUUGGGAAAUGUAACAAAUCAAGAUUUCUUAACGACUGCAAGAAAGGAUUCUUUGGUGUUCAGCGAGAAUGACAUUGAUGGGCUUUCAGGGGCGUUACUGGAUACAUGUGUUGAAAUCUGCAGCAGUGGUAUGUAAGGAGAUUGUUUGGUUGCUUUAUGCUAUUUUUCUUUUAGCCCAGAAAGUAUGAACGAAACUGCCUGACUGACAUAAAGCAGGGUUUGUGUUGAGAUGAAAAAAAUUGUUCAUUGUCCAUUACACUCACUGAUUUCCCUCGGUUUCAAGGUUAAACGAAUAUGAAUUUUCAAAACUUGUAGGCUAAAAAAAAGUUAUGUUUAAACGAAACAGAGCAGAAUCGAAAAAGGUAGAUUUUCCGCCCUUGGAGGUUAAUUAUGCUUCUGCAUGCGAGAUAAGCCAAAAUUCACCUAUUUGCAAAUUAAUAUUUCAAGGUUAAGACGUCACUUCUCAAUCUCAAUCUAGCUUUGUGAAUACAACUGGGCUGCAACAUAGUCUGCUGAUGCGCCAAACGUGUAUUAAACUUCCCUUAACCGUUCUCCACGGGUGAAAGAUGGACAAAAUCGAGAGUAUUAAAUGGCUCUUCCUAUAGAAUUUCCUCGACAACUUUUUAAUUAUGAUAUAGUGAAAUGCUGGCGUUUUAACUUUUCUAAGAUGCUCUUUAGCUGCGCAAAUAAAACAAUUCUCAAAUUCGAUAAAUUAAAAUAAAUUGUAACCUUUUUUUCUGACAUAUUUUUUAAAUGUUUGGUGAUAUUUUCUUCAAGAAAAGAGUACAAAACCAGUUACAUUAGCAGCAUCAGUACCAUCCCUUGCACCUACACCUUCUCCUUGGCCUGCCACUCAACCUGCACCAGCUCCCUAUCCUGCACCCAUACAGCAACCUCCUGUCCAAUGUCCAAUUCCAGGGUGCAGCUUUCCAUUGGUUUGUGUCCAAGCUUCGAUUUAUGCGACUUGUGUUCCUCCUCCUAAUCCAUCAGCAUCCACCAACAAUUCAUGUUCCACACCUGGCCCAUGCCUAACAACAGUUACCAAGACAGCGACUGACACAAAAACUUUAGUAUCAACCAGCACUCAAACAGAGACAAGUACAGCGAUUGCUACCAUAACUAACACGAAGACAACAACAAAUACAGCACUGACCACACAGACUCACACACAGACAGAUGUUGUCACCGCAACUUCAACCUUGACCACUACAAAUACACAAGUAGCCACCAGCACCCAUCACACCACAGAAACAAGCACAGCUGUAACAACAAGUCACCUGCCAGUAACCAGCACGAAGACUCUGACAGCGACAAGUACAAGGAUAGUAAACACUACUGACACUCAUAAUCUAACUACUACAGAUGUGAUAAGAACAACAGCGAAAAGUACAAACAUUGUGACGAGAACUGCAAACAAAACUAACACACACACCUUGACAACAACUAAAACAGACACAGUGACUAGCACAGGAAUUACAACAAGCACUUUACUUACCACAGCCACUGCAACAAACACAGUUAAUACCACUCAUCUUGCGACAGAAACGUUAACUGAAACUCUUACCACAGUAGCAAUACAAACUUCAACUUCAACGUAUAAUGCAACAAAUGUUAUUACUGCUACAACAACAUCUACAGCCACAGCCACCAGUACUGCUUUUUUGACGGCAACAAGCACUGCCAAGACUACGGAAACACUGACGGCAACUAGUACAGCAAUUUUGACCCAAACUUUGACCAAUACUCACAAUCAAACUUUAACACAAACUAAAACACUUACGGCAACCUCCACCAGAGUAGUAACCACUUGUAGCGCUAACUGCACCAAAAUGGGUAAGUCAGUAUUACAUUUAACUAAGACAUUUUUGAUGAAAGAAUGCUUAUUUCACACAUUUAAAGAGGGACGCCAAGGAUUGACACGAAAUUUGCCCCUCGACCGACCAAAAUUCCAAAGUCAUUUUAGCACGGGUCUGCUAUGAAAUAAAGGCUUGUUAAGAUUGGCUGGAGAAUUGAAGCGCCUAACCUUGUCACCUUGUGUUUUAAUAAGUUGUCUUAACACUCCUUUGCAUUUUAUUGCGGCGUAUGAUUUGCUCCACAGUACCCGUGACCACUCCACCUCGGACUCCCUCUCCCGCCCCACCGGUGACAUUAGGUACGUAUGAAUUACUUCCUUCAGGCAGUAUCCAAACAUUUUCAUCAAAAGAAAAACAGGAAAAAAUGAGCGAUAACCAACUGAUAACCGAUAAUCUUCAUCUUUUUAUUCUCAUCAGCGAUAACGCAAUAAGCAUUUGAAUAUGAUUUCAACAAAAAUAUAAUUACAAUCGGUGGCCUCCGUUUUCGAUUCCAUCUCCUUGAAUGCAAAGAUGUAUUUUAGUUAUGAAGCAGCACAGUAGUAGAAGGAGUGGUAACGUCAAAAGGGGCAUUUCUACCUAAUGUGUAUCAUAUAUAUGCCAUUCUUGUUCCACAGUAACAGUGUCCACACCGACACAGCCUCCUCCUCCAACAUCAGAAGUCAAACCCGGUAAGUCAUGAGUCACAAUUCUAUUACUCUACAACUAACACCAAGCAAGAUGGCUACAGUGAAAGCCUUUUAAAGUACAACUUCUGCCUAGAUCAUGAAUAGUAACUGUCUCGAAUUACUUACAACCGCAAACAACAUCUCAACAACAGUUUGUGCUUGCUGUGGGUUUUUUUGUGCGAGUAUAAUGUGCUUGGCUUUCCAAUCAUCUUUCCAAUCGACUGACUUAUUUGGAAUCUAAUUUCGUUAUCUGCGACAUAAUGAAAAUGAAAACUCUUAUUUCAUUUUUUUCCAGAACCAACACCUAGUCGCUCAGCCACACCUACAGUGUCCUCCUCAGUGGCACCAAACCCAGCAACUCCGGGUACUGGUUUAACUUUUGACUUGUCUGUAGGGGCUAAAAGUUUAAUUAGACAUUUGAAAAUCUACUCAGUUUUGCAAUAAUGUCUCUUCUUUUGAGGAGCAUGAUUUAAAAAAUAUUAAGCCUAUGUUUUCCUUCGUGUUUGUAUCCUGCAGAUGACCACUGAUCCAUUAAUUUUAUGGUUUCCUGAAGCUGAAAUUUUUGCCCAGUUGCCUUUUAUUCUAGUUAUCAUGGCUCUCAAUGCUUUUGAUUAUCUAAAAAAACCUGUCCUUGUUCUUCUCUUUGCAGGCUGCACAGUUAAUUACACCAAGUUAGGUUGUUUCAAAGAUGACAGAAAGAAACCCCGCCCAUUACCAGAGCUACUUUCCACUGAUCGCGACUCACGUAGCAAGGUCUUCAGCGGAAAGACCAUAGACUGGAACAAUUGGGACACAUAUAUGAUUGGUUUGGUUUGCCGAUGCGCUGAGGCAGCCAAAGCAAAGAAGUACAACUAUUUCAGCCUUCAACACUUUGGUAACUAACCAAUUAUUAAAUUAUAGGAAGUGAAGUGUGAAUACAGUUAAAACCCACAUAUAAGAACCUAGUUAUUUUAAUUUGGCCCCCAUAGGUUCUUAUAGAAGAAGUGUUUACUAUGAAAUUAGGCUACCUAGGUAUGAAAUAUACGAGGUUUCUUACUGUCCAUCUCAAUUCUAUCCAGGCGAGUGUUGGUCUGGACCGGAAGCUGGAGAGACAUAUAACCGGGCUGGAAGUUCUGAUCAGUGUGUCACCAAAGGUUACAAAGAAUGCGAUCCCAACGACAAAGAAGAGUGUGUCGGAGAUAAGAACGUCAAUUUUGUUUAUGGAAUCGAUGUUACAGGUACUCGAGUAAAGUUUCAUUAGCCAGUGUAAGGUAUUGACACGAAGCCGUUAUACUUACAGUAUUGACUAGUAUAAAUUAUUUCUUAUCCUUUAUGACGAAGUUUCUCGAGAAUUAAACACUUUUAUCCUUAGAACUUUCAAAUUUGUAAAGAACAAUGGUUCUUACGUUCGAGCUUAAAAGUAUCAUGAUAAAACGCGAGCUUUUUUCAUAUUGCAAUGUUGAUUUCAACAUUUGAUUUAAUAAUCGUUAAUGAACAAAUGAACCAAAUACUCUGUGCGUUACUCAAUAAUAACUCAACCCGUCGGCAAUGUUGCAUUUCACAGGAAAUUUACCCUUCAGCCACCCAAAAUUAAAGGUUUGUUUAUAUUGGCUGCACAAUUAUCGCGUCUAACCUUGUUUCUAAGGAAGUUCGUGUUUUCAACCUGUUUCAUUGGCACAUCUUCAAAGUGGUACAGGUGAACUCAGACUCCCUCUCCUAACCCAGGUGUAACAUCACGUGUGACAUCUCGUGUGACAUCUCGUGUGACAUCUCGUGUGACAUCUCGUGUAACAUCACGUGUGACAUUAGGUGUGACAUCUCGUGUGACAUCACGUGUGACAUCACGUGUGACAUCACAUGUACUGAACAUCACGUGUGACAUCUCGUGUGACAUUAGGUGUAUUGAGUCUCUUCCUUUCAGCAGCAUCCAACAUUUUCAUUAAAAGAUAAACGGGAGAAACUGAUGCGAUAACUAACUGAUAACUGAUAAUCUCCACUGUUUUUUUCAUCAGCAAUAAUGUAAAAGCAUUUGAAAUAGGAAUUCAACGAUAAUUAUAAUUUAUCAAUUAUCUGUGUUCGAUUCCAACUUCUUGAGCAGUGUUCUCUAGUUAUGAAGCCCUACAAUACCAGCAGGAGUGGUGAAAGUUAAAAGAACAUUUUCGUUUGAUGUACAUCAAAAUUAUGUUACUUCUUGUUCUACAGGAACAGUGACCACUCCCACAAAGCCUCCUACGCCGACACCACCAGCGGAACCCUGUAAGUCAGGAUCACUAUUGAUAUCCUCUCUCUCUCUCUAACUUCAUUGUUCCGUAAAAACAAGUGAGGUAACCUCAGUGAAAACUGUAUAUUGUAGAAAUGUUGAACCCGCAUCAUGAAUAGUGACUGCAUCAAAUGACUGAUGACUAGACAACACUAUGUCAAAUGCUACCAGCUUAAUCAAAACCAAAAAACCUACCUGAGAGGCAGCUUUCAUUUUGAAAUGUGAUCCUUUUCCAAUAAAGCAGCUUGGUUUAUGUUGUCGCUGGCUCAGCUUAAAAUAGCCAUUUACUUGGUUUUCUCUCCAUCAGCAUGUGAUCAAGCCUUGGAUAUCGGUGUCGUCAUUGAUUCGUCAGAUAGCAUAACAUUGGAGGAUUACAACCUUUGUUUGACGUUUGUCGCCGAUUUAGCCAAGCGUUUUAAAGUAUCUGAACAGGAGACUCAUUUCGGUGCUAUAGUAUUCAGUACAACACCUCAGCUUCAAUUCAGUUUCGCAGACAAAGAAUUUUACAAACUUAAACGCCUGAGAAAGAAGAUAAGGAGCUUUCCUUAUUUAGCAGAAGGAACUAGAACAGACUUGGCCCUUACGCUUGCUGACCUGGAGCUGUUUUCCGAGCAGGGAGGGGACCGGCUCGAUAAGCCUGAUGUUUUGAUUGUUAUUACUGAUGGAAGAACCCACCCUGUGUUAAGCAAACCGUACCCAGAGGUUUUACAACCACUUCAGGUAAAUAAUCCAGUCUUCUGCAACACCUUUUAGGGAGUUUUCCUAUGAUUUUAACGCCAUUAGUGUAACGAAAACGUGUGCCAUCGUAUGUUCCGUGAUGUGUCAGUCAGAAGAAUACAUAAGGAAAUUUUAGCUUCAAGAAUGUUUCCUUUUACCCGAUAGGCUAAGAAUGUUAGAGUCAUAGCUGUUGGUGUCGGAAAGGAUGCGGAUAGUAAAGAGUUAACAGCCAUAGCCAUGAAUGAUAAGAAUCACGUGCUGAAGGUCGAUCAGUACAAGGAUCUAGUUAAAAUUCUUGACAUUAUUUUAAAAGAAUCGUGCCACAAAGGUAAGUUUGGCCCAAACCGAUCAUGUUGCGUUAUGGUGUUUGAUAUUCUCUCUUUGGGAUGAAGGAGAUUCACGGGUAUCGUGAAGAAUGUUAGCAGGAGUGACGAGGAGAAAGCCUACCUUGUGAUAUAUUAGUGAGUCCAAAUCUCGCACUCGACAUAUUUGGUACCAAGCUCUAUGGAUUUCGCAUAUUCCAUGUUUGCACCUUUUUCCUACCACAGAAAAAAAGCACUUUCUUAAUUCCAUUUUUUUCCAUCUUGGAUGUGCUUUAAACUUGGCUUAAAUGAGAAUUGAUAUAAUUUGAGGAUUUUUGUUAUUACCCACAGCCACACCUCCUACCGCCAUUACAACACCUCCUCCGUCCCCUGCGAUGGCUGCUAACCUUCGUAAGUUGUAUUAGACGGAUAACCAUCUGCUUUGUAAGCAAACUUAUGCAUUACUUAUGAUCUAGUAUUAGUCAAAUAUAAUACAAUUGACCAAAAAAGUUCCGUGUUUCCUUUUCUUCCAGGUAAAUGUAACAUCGAGUACCAAAAGCUUGGCUGCUUCGUCGAUAAGCAGCCUAAGACUAGCACACUUGCUCUACCUGAAAAGAUGUUGAAGGAAGUCGUCAACUGGGAUCAGUGGAAUGUUUGGCUUCCAGAUUUUGUGUGCAGAUGCGCCAAUUUAGUUUAUGAGAACAACUAUAAUGUGUUUGGGAUUCACCUUUUCGGUAUGUUCACCCGUUUCCUCUUUAAAAUCAUUAAAUCUGACCAAAAUCUCUAGUAAUCUAAUGGCUUUAGACAUUAUCACGGCCACAGAAAAAAGUAAUUGAAAAAAAAAAAGAAAAGCCAUUUGACUCUCUUAAACCUGUGGUAACUUUCUAGGAGAGUGCUGGUCCGGUGUCAAGGCUGGUGAUACUUAUAAUAUGUAUGGUACAGCAGAGGAAUGUUUAGACACAAACCAACAGCAGUGUGGCGUUAAAUCAGUCAGAGAGUGCUCAGGAGACCAGAAUUCUAACUUCGUCUAUCGCAUCAUCAUCUCUCAAGGUUGGUUUUGGUAAAAAUUCUGAAUUGUUUCCAGUGGGCUUCGAGUGAUUAUUUUUUUUAGCACCGUCGUUUGUUAUCGUUAUAAGAAGAGAUUCCUUCUCAGUGCUUCAUGAUUACCCGACGCAAUUCUAUUGUUCUAUUGUCGUUUUGGCGGUUUACGGUAUUUUACUCUUUGCAAGCCGGUCUAACAUUGCCAACUUCCAAAAGUAGAAAGCAAAGACUAAGCUCAUCCUUGUUUUCUCAACAGGGGCACAAGUAGAACCCUCUCCUGUUCCUGAAACAGCAAAAAAGAGACAUGGAUUGAAGGGUAAGAUUUUUUGUCCCUUUUAUUGAUAUCAACUCAAAUGUGAAAAAAAGAAUCUAAAAAAUUUCGUUACGGGGUGUAAACCCAUAAUAAAGAGCUAAAAGGAGAUGCAAUAUUUUUUUGUUACAGAGAACUGUCUGGUGGACUUCAUCAAGAGAGGUUGUGUUAACGACUUGCAAAGUCGGAGGCCUUUGCCGCAAUUGAUGUUCACAGAUCUUGACAUCAACAACGCUAAGUUCAGCGGUUUCCCAGUGGACUGGGGAAGCUGGAAUAGCUAUAUGGAUGAUGUUGUUUGUCGGUGUGCCGAGAUUUCGCGAUCAAAAGGUUUUGAUUAUUUUGGACUGGGAAAUUUUGGUGAGUCUCUGUAAUGUAACGACGUGUCCUUGUAGCUGGCCUGACUGAGGCAGAGUUAAGCGUGGACGAGUAAUUGUAUUAAGGUUCUAUUUCUCAUUUAUUAUGAUUGUGAGUGGCACCAUGUUAAAUCAUCAGUUAUUGUCAUUUCAAGUCAUUACUUGUUCAGAUCUUUACUGCCUCAUUUGGAGUCAAUUCAAUUUUUCUUUGUCUUUUAAAUUCUAUUUACAUUAAUGUGACAGGUGAAUGUUGGUCAGGGAAAGGUGCUCAAAAGACAUAUGACAAAGAAAACACUUCUCCAUUCUGCAUUACAAAAGAAUUUGCUGAAUGUAAUGCAGAAGAUGAACAUGUUUGCAGUGGAAACAAAACUACUGCGUUUAUCUACAGUGUGAAAGAGAAUCACAACCCCAAGAAAGGUAUUCAUGGAAACAUACACGAGAUUGAGUGAUGAGUCAUUAGUCACAUUCUGUUUACUAAUUUUCUGCAUCCUUAAGUACUGAUGAAAGAAAUUUUAUUUUCACCUGCGGAUGAUAUUCAAGAAAUACUCCUCGAGGGUAGGCUACAUUUAAAGAAAAUUGCAGAAAGAAACCCGUAACAAUUUAUACUCGGACGGAAUUUGACCGCAACUUGCUCUUGCCUCUUCCUCUGUAUUAGGUAUUACUUUGUGGCUCAUGGCCUUAAUAUAAAAAUUUUGAAAUAGAGAAUAUCCUCCUCGAUAACGUAACUAAAUUUUUAGCCAAUGUUUUCUUGUUAACCUUAUCUCUAAAAUCCGUCCUCAGCGUUUUGGAAUUUUUUGUUUUUUAGAGAAGGAUUGCUUCACCCAAUUUCAAAAUGUCGGGUGUUACGAAGACAAGCAAAUCAGUCCUCGUCCAAUACCAGAACUUAUUUUUACCGAUAUGGAUAUUAAUUCACCAAAAUACAGCGGCAAAAAAGUGCAGCUGGGGGAAUUGGACACCUAUAUUGACGACGUUCUCUGCCGGUGCGCUGAACGUUCCCAGAAGCUUGGUUACGAGUACUUUGGAGUGCAGAAUCACGGUGAAAAAUUUUAUCUUGGUGUUAAAUUUAUAACGAUGAUUUUGGUGACGGUAAACGUCGGUCUUACACAGGUUGUUGAUUAUUCAUCUCUCUUUCAGCGAAUAAUCUUUGCGAACCGAUAGCAUGUUUUAGCGUAAUUUUGCAAAAUCUCUUUUGAGCAAUUAUAUUUUCUUCCCGUUAAUUCUGAUUUAAACAACAAAAGUAAUUUCCUUGUAAACUGAUUUGUCUCGGUUUUUGAUAUUUAAGAGGAAUCAGAAAGUGGAAGGAUUAUUACGGAACGUUAUAUUUUUUGUAGGUGAGUGUUUCUCCGGAAACAAUGUUGAGCAAAGCUACAGCAAGGAUGGUUCAUCAAAGCAAUGUAUCACAAGAGACUUCCAGCAGUGCCCAGAAAUAAAACCUAGUAGUAAAGAGACUCAGCAAGACUGUAUCGGAGUGCAAGGCUCUAACUAUGUUUACCGCAUCAGAAAUUUGGCGAAAGAAAGCAAAAUGGACGUUGAGAAGUUGCAUCUAGGAAAGUGA